GUUCAGCUCUUUCCUCUGUUCCAUAUUGCAACUUUAACUCCUCUUUUGAUUAAUCAAACCACCAACAAAUGAGUAAGAACAAAGUCAUGAUUAAUAUAUAAUUUAGCACCCCUACUCCAUCCCUCACAACUCUUUUCUCCUCCCUUCUUCCUACUCUCGCAGCAAUAAAAUUUUCAACUUUCAGAGUUGAUCCUCUGUUCUGCAACAUCAUGAAGGGAAUUAGCAGCACAAAGUUGGUUUUUUUACAGCCUUCGUCUCUCAACAAGCAGCAAGGAGGAGGAGGAGGAAAUGGAGCCGCUGCGCCUUCCAUCUCCAUUUUGGUCUCCCACCACCACCGGAUUUGGCUUAUCGCCUUCCUAUCCUUUCUUUCCCUCGCCUCCCUGCUCACCCUCUUCACCACCACCGCCGUCGCGGGACCACGCGUGCUGCGCUUCUCUUCCUCUGUUUCUGACGAGGCGCCCCCUGCAGAGGCGCCGCCGGCUGAGGCCCCGCUCCCGGCGCUGGUUUUCGAUACGCUCGUCAAUUAUGCUGCUUCCUCCAACUCGAGCGGGAAGAUGCGGGAGACUGACCUCCGCGCGAUCGCCGGGGUGCUCCGCAGGCGGUCGCCCUGCAACCUCCUCGUGUUCGGUUUGAGCCACGAGACGCCGCUGUGGCGGGCGCUCAACGCCGGGGGGCGCACCGUGUUCGUGGACGAGAACGAGUACUACAUCGCGCACGUGGAGGGGCGCAACCCGGGGCUGGAAGGCUAUGAGGUGUCUUACGCCACCAAGGUCGGCGACCUGCGGGAGCUCAUCGCCGCCUCCCGCCAGAUGCGCCGCGGGGAGUGCCGCCCGGUGCAGAACUUGCUCUUCUCCGACUGCCGCCUCGCCGUCAACGACCUCCCCAACCGGCUCUACGACGUCGCUUGGGACGUCGUCAUCGUCGACGGGCCCAAGGGAUACGCCGCCCGCGAUCCAGGGAGGAUGGCAGCCAUCUACACCGCAGCGGUCAUGGCGAGGUCAGUAGGCCGGCGAGGCGGCCAAGUGGACGUGUUGGUGCACGACUACAACCGCGAGGUGGAGAGGAUCUGCAGCGCGGAGUUCCUCUGCACGGAGAAUCAACUGGGCGGAACCACCACCCUCGGCCACUUCGUCAUCCGUCGAGGCCCUGCCGACGAUUUCUGCACCAACCGAACCACCGCCAGUUCCUCCUCUUCGCCGGCCGGCGGCAGCAAGGCGGGUCAACCGUAAAAAAAAAAAAAAAAGGGGCAUAAUUAUGAAAAUAUAGAAAAUAAUUUUUUAAUAUUUUAUUUUUAGUAUUUUUUUUCUUUCAUUCUCUAAUUUCCGUCCUUAAUUUUGGUGUUUACUUUGAUGAUAAUAAAUAAACAAUAAGCUGACGACGAUAGAUGGA